AGUGGAAAUUUGCCACAAACAAAAAAAGAUUGACGUCAUACUCAGUGAUUUGUAUUUGAAGAGGUGUAGCGGCUAAGACCUAUGCAAACUCUAAAAAAUCCAUUCCACAUGUGGGAUGAAUUCAGGGCAAGGGAUAUGUGAUUCAUUAUAUAAGGGUUACGAUUUUUUGUGAGCUCUAAGGGUGGGGUUACGACUUUUUGGCGAGGACUCUAUCUCUGGCUAAAAGAAUGGAGUAAACAUUGGUUCCCUCCAUCGCCUUCUCGAUUCAUGCCACCUGAAGAGUGGACCUCCUACCAUUGACCCACUGUAUGACGAAGGUGCGUAGGGGGUGCAUUUGUGUGUUGUAGUGCCUCGAUGGUGACAGUUGGUAUUCCCGUCCGACCGGAAUGGUGACAAAGCUGUGCAGUGAUGUUGCCAUGGUCGUUGAUCUGGAUGCAAGAAAAGUUGAGACGAUGAUCGGGAUGCGGAAGAGGAAAUCAGAAGAGUCAAUGGGCGACAAGGAGACGACGGAGCAAGCCCUUGGGGCAUCAGAGGAAACCCUGGGAGCAUCGGAAGAAGCAGCUUCAGCCGAGGAAUCACCGCGCCCUGCCAAGCGCGUGCUUGUCGAUGAUGUUGACGAGGAAGACGCCGCAGCUCUGGCCAUCAAGCUGACCGACUUCGUCUAUGGAGAGAGGCCAGUUGUCGUGGAGCGAUUGGCGAUCGAAUAUGUGGUCGAAAUGCGCAUGGAUCCGCGCGUGGACCUGGAUGAGUUUGUUGCAUACAUCAGAUCGGAGUAUCCGUCGGCACCGAUCAAGACGAUCGAGAAGACGUGGAUCAAGCUCAAGCGGUUUUUCGAUGGAGAGCACAAGGCACAGUACAUGGUGAUCGAGGCACUGGCGGAUGUCGAGAAGAUGGUCGACACAUUCUUGGCGGCAGCCAACGUCGAGGAAGAGGAGGAGCACAGGGAGACGCCAGCAGACAGCAGCAAUCGUGUGCAGUCGUCAGCUUCACGCAACACCAGAUCGACUCCAACCCGCUCAACGAGGAAAAACAGCAACACCAGCGGCAGCAGCAGCGGUAGCCUCAAGCUCGAGUUGUUGGCGACUAUGCGGCAUGAGUACGAGCAGGUCUUUGACAGGUUUAAAGGCGAGUCAUGGACCCUGCCCUCUGGUCAGAAGCUCGACGAUCUGGUUCGACCGUUUGUCCUCAGCCUCACGGCAGAGUCGAUGAUGCAUUCGUGCAUCAUUGACAACGUCGAUAUGGUGGUGGGGCUGGUUCAGGAGCAGGUGGACAAAGAUGAACUCCUGCGUGUCCUGGACGACGAUGAAGGCGACAACGAGCGCGCAUGGCUUCUGACCGAGGCAGAGCAGGCCUUUAUCAACUUGUAUGACAAGUCGCCGACUGAAGUCAAUCGUCUGAUCAGUAUUGGAUAUACGGGCGUGCUGGCAGAGGGAAAGAACCUCACAGAGGCUCCCGACGCAGCGUUCUGCGACGAGGUGCACAGUUUGAUCGACCGCCUCCGGAGCAUCUACAAGCGCAACCAGUACCAGCUUCCGGAGAAGCAGUCCGAGGCAUGGUAUGGCGGUAACCACUGGGGCAUCUUGAAUGAUAUCUUCAACGUCCCCGAGGCGAUCAAGUACCAACCGGGCGAGAUCUGUUGCGAGGCAUCGGGCCGUCGGAAGAACGACCAGCGGACGUCGCCGCUGGUCAAGCAGCAGUGUGGUCGCAAGGCGGACGGCAUUGUCAAGAGUGCCACCAAGUCGUAUGAGCUGGCGAUCAUGGAGGCGACCAAGAUCGAGAAUGGCCCUCAAGGAACAAAAGCGAUGACGGAUACCGUCAAACUGGGCAAGAUGAUGAAGGACUGCUUCGACCUCAUUCGUCGCAACUCAAGAACAGAUGUGCGCCAUAGGCUGGCCAUCUAUGGCAUGAAGAUCUCGGCAGGCAUGAUCACUUUCUACCGUCUUCGGCACCGUCACGGCCGAUUCUUCCAGCUGACUUGCGAGGGCAGUGUCGCCUUCCCAGCUGUGUGGCGGACGGACGGAGCAAACACAUCGGAAAUCCUGACGGUGAUUACCCUGCUGUUGGCCUUCCAGCGGCAGAUCAAGGCCAUGGCGCGCAUGGUCAGUGACCUGACAAGUGCUAAAUUUAAGCUGAACAAGGCUACAUCUGGCAAGGCUGACAACAAGUGGCCAUGCACACUGACCACCCCAGGCAGCUCGCCGCGCAUGUGCCCCACCACCCCGCCUACUCUUCCUCCUCCGGUGGCUAUCCCCGCACCUGCAUCCACUCUUUAAGACGCUCUUUAAGACACUCUUUAAGACACUGAGGACGUAAUUUGAAAUCAUGGGUCAUAAUGUGGUGGACCUGUCCGUCCGAUUAAAUUAAAUUUCUAUUUUAAAUUUAUAAAGACUGUGAUCUCUGUUUGUCCUGGCCGACUUACAGCUAUGCUAUCACCUGCCGUGGGAUAGCAAACUGUCCACAAAAACCAGAUUCGACUGUAAACGUAAAAAGCCGAGGACGACCUCGACAUAUUAAAAACUUUAAUAGGA